UAGAAAAACAAGUUAGACCUAGACGAUCUGGUAUAAAAGAAGUGCGUGUGCUGUGACAUGCUAUCAGUUCAGCGGAUCGUGUGAUAACUCAAAGCAUGAAGCUGUCGCUGAUUUCACUGGGGCUGGUGGUCCUGGCCACGAAUGCUCUAAGCCAGGAGUCAGCCUCUCCAACGAAACUUGGCGAGACCAACGAAGUGCCGACAGGUGUCAUAAUCGCCCAGGCACAGCCCAUCCAGGAACCAGCACAGGCGGAAGACAAGAAACUAAACAAGCGUAGCUAUGGAUGGGGACCUUGGGGUUGGCCCGGAUAUAGUCACGGAUGGCCCUGGCCCGGAUGGAGCCACGGCUGGGGUCACGGAGGAUGGAGUGGCCACGGAGGCUACGGAGGUCACGGAGGUCACGGAGGUCACGGAGGAUAUGGUGGUCACGGAGGUCACGGAGGAUAUGGUGGUCACGGAGGUGGUUGGCACGGGGGUUGGUACGGUGGUCACGGUUGGCCGUGGUGGUACGGCGGGCAUGGCGGUGGCUGGCACGGGAAGUGGUAGGCUAUUUGUUCUUUUUAUCUUCCACACGGUGGCCAAUAAUGCGGAGCGGACGAUGCCCCCGACGAAGGUCGCUGACAAUGAGCUCGUGAAUUUGAGGUCACUCUCUCACCCCGAGAAAGUGCAGUUCAAUUCAUCCCGUUAAACGCGGAGAAUAGUUAUCACCACAACGUCGACGCGAGCCAUUUCCUGGUACACUUAACUAUUCAUCUCCUCGAUCCAGCUACUGUACAUUUAUCAUUUUACAUUAAUACUUGCGACAAUUUUCAAUCAUCGUCACUUACAAUUAGUUUUUAUUUUUGUACUAUGAUUAUUAGCAUUACUCGUUGUUUAUCUUCGUAUUUUCAAGCUCGGUGUUAAGAGUCGUUGCUUUUAA